AUGACACAGCUCCUCUCCAGAGUCUUGGUCGCACUGGCCGUGGGCAUCACGACAGUCCCCGCGGUGGGCGCCCAGAUGACCUCGGGAGACAUGGGCCCCGCCGCCUUCAUGUGGCCGCCGGACCGCGUCUGGUCGGCCGCUGCGGACAACACGGCCCCCUGCGGCUCCGUCGCCAGGGUCGGAAACAGGACUGGGUUCCCCCUGAAGAACGGAAAGAUUGCCCUGGUGGCCCAGGACGAGUCGUGGGAUGCCGUCCUCAGCAUCUCCUACCGGGCCGACCCCAAAGCCAAUACAGACUUUUCGACGCUUAUAGAUGCCAAGGCCUUUCGUGACAUCGACCCGGGCCACACGUGCGUGCCGGUAGCGGAUGCCCCGUCGUCGGUCAGAGCGGGGGCCAAGGCCACGCUGCAGAUCAAAUACAGCGCCGAGUUCGACAAGCCCGAGGUGGAGACGUUUUAUGCCUGCGCCGACAUCACCUAUGUCGAGCCGGCGCGCUUCACCACGGCGAUCCCGUGCUUCAACGCCACCGAGCCCAGUUCUGACCAAGACCUGGACGGCGGCAGCUCUCCGUCGUCGGACGUGUUCGCGGGCCCUUCGGAGGACAGGACCAGCCUGUCGGGCGGUGCCAUUGCCGGCAUCGUCGUCGGGUGUGUCGCCGGCGUUGUCGGGCUGGCCGUGGCGGCGCUGCUGGUCUACCGGAGGAAGCAGCAGCAUCUGCACAUGCUUCGCCGGCAGCGCUCGGCUCGUGGCGUCAAGUGGGAGGAGCAGUCUGGCCGGGACUCCAACUCGAACCCGAGCGUCAAGAUGCAGAACCUGUCGUAG